AUGGCAACUGUUAAGCAACGAUGGCAUCGCCUGCCACUUCUUUACUUGGCGUGCGUCCUCUUUGUCGCCAUGGUAGCCGCGCAAGCUGAGGGGACUCAAUCAAUAUCUUCGAUGUCCGAUUACAAUGCCCUUCGACCAUGCGCCAAGUCAUGCUUCUGGAGGACAUCCUUCAACACUAGAACCAAAGAUGAGCUAGGCAGCGCUCUCAAAUGUCAGCUCAAAACGACAGAUUUUCAGACCAUUACCGUUGCCAUGAACGACUGCUUUUGCCGUGUUGACCUUCAGCCAUCUGCAUACCAGAGUUUGUCUCGUUGCGUAGACCGAUAUUGCAGCUCGAACGCCUACGAUCUUUCAAGCGCAGGAAGUCUUUAUAAUAACUACUGUACAGCGAACGGAUAUAUUGGAAACGGCGGAGCGAAAGCCACCGGCGCAGGGGGAAGCGAGCCGACUCGAGCACAGGGUGGGAAAAACGAUCCUCCAAUUCGCACUGGAGGCGGUGGCGGUAAUGAGUCAAGCGGACAGAGAAUGGGCCCUAGAAGUGCUGCCAUUGCUAUUGGACUUGUAGUUGUGGGCUUCAUGACCAUUGCUUAG